AUGUCAACCAUACCUACAAUAUCAACAAGAAUAACAACAAAAAAGGAGAAAAAUGAAGAACAAUUUGAACUUAAACAGCAAUUUAUUCUUCGAAUGCCAUCAAGUGAAUAUGCAAGACGUUUACGUCAGUUGAUUGAUUAUGGUGAUGAAAAUAUUUGUCAACGUCUUUUUAUUGAUUUAAAUUCUGAACGAAGACGUGAUCGUAUUAAAUUUGAUAAUACGCGUUUUAAAGGUACCCUCUAUGACUUACUAUCUAUAACAGAAACAUAUAAAACAUUUUAUCGAAAAACUUUAUAUAAAAUACAUGAUAUUGAUCAAAUUAUUGUUUGUCGAUUACCGGAUGAUCUUAGUUCAACUGAUGAUGAUGGAAAUGAGAAAAAAAAGAAAGAAAAAGAUAAAGAAAUAAAAUUUCAAUGA